CCCUGAUCAUUCACAAUGCUUUCGCAGCGGAUUCGCAUCGCAGCGCCAAUCUGCCGACUCGCACGCGCCAUGUCCUCAUCCAGUCCGACUGGGCGCGGUUACAAUGACGCAGUGAAGGCGCUCAAUUCGCUGGCGUCCAACGCGACGCUCCUGUCCCAGCUGCGCAACUCGUCCUACAUGAAUCAAGUCAGCAUUCCCGAGAUGCAUCAGCUCCUGGAGCGCAUUGGAGUCAAGGCAACCGAUUUGAAUUCGCUCAAUGUCGUGCAUGUCACUGGUACAAAGGGCAAAGGAAGCACGUGCGCGUUUGUCGAUUCCAUUCUGCGCGAGCAUGGCGUUCAGACGCUGCUCUACACGUCGCCGCAUCUUGUUCGCGUCCAAGAGCGUAUCCGACUGCAUGGCAAGCCAGUCGGGUCAGAUUUGUUUGCCAAGUAUUUCUGGGCAGUUUGGUCCAAGCUUGAAGCUACCAAGAAUUCGACCAACCUGAUUGGAGCGAGCAUGCCGUCGUAUUUCCGGUAUCUGACCCUGAUGACUUUCUUAAUGGCGCUGGAAACGAAGGUGGAUGCUCUCAUUCUUGAAGUUGGCAUUGGCGGGAGCUACGACGCGACAAACGUCGUUCCUGCGCCCACCGUCUGCGGAAUCACAACAAUGGGAUACGAUCACGUCAACGUUCUGGGAAACACGCUGACCUCCAUCACAACGCACAAAGCUGGCAUUAUCAAACACGGGGUUCCAAUCGUUUCUGCCAAACAGGAGUCUGAUGAAGCCACGAUGGUGAUUCGGGACACGGCACAACGCAUGAACGCUCCGCUGACCAUCGCGCGACCACUUUCGCAAGCAUUUUCGAACGGUCUUCAAGCAACGCUCGGAUUGAACGGCGACCAUCAACAGAUGAACGCAGCAGUUGCAGCACAGAUUGCCCAGAUUUGGCUUGGAAAGCAUCGCCCAGAAGCAGCCCUCAAAGAGGGCGUCCUAUCGCGUCCGUUCCUGGAUGGACUCGCCAAGUGCCGCUGGCCAGGGCGGAAUCAAACAGCAAUUCACUCCAGCAAUUCAAACAUUCGUCUUUGGUUGGACGGAGCGCAUAAUAUUGAGAGCUUGACUGCCUGUGCGAGCUGGAUUUCCAGCAAGAUUGCCUCGGGUGCAGCGAAUCGCGAAAGACGCUAUCUCAUGUUCAACUGCAGCCAUGAUCGCGAUGUCAAGACUCUCCUGAAGCCAUUGGUUCAGGCGCAUUUGAGGCAUCCUUUUGAUGGCGUUGUUUUCUCGCCGAAUAUUGUCAAAAAGUCUUCCGCCUACCACGACAUUGACACAUCCAACAACCAGCCAGACGACUUUGAUGCUCAGGCCUGGAUAGACGCAAACGCCGGCAUAUGGCGUCAACUCGUCCAAGAACUUGGUGGACAGUCAACCACCACGAAUGGAUUCUUGACAAUCGACGAUGCGCUCGAGUGGCUGGCUGCAGAGCAAGUCCGUCAAAGUGCAGACCAGAAGAAACCCGUUCAGUUUGAGUUCUUUGCCACCGGCAGCUUGCAUCUUGUGGGAGGAGUUUUACGCGCAUUGGAGAUUCCAAUUGAUUAGAGCGCAUGCUGGGGAUGGAGAAGGCGGAGAUCAAUUGUUUUUGACACAUUAUAUUUCGAGCAA